AUGCCUUCUUUUGAGACUGCUUCCGAACUCUAUCAACAGGGUAACGAUUUAUUUGUGGACGAGGAAUAUGAAGCGGCCCUAGCCAAGUAUUCAGCAGCUAUUGAUAUGGAAGAAAAAGUCGAAUAUUUUGAAAAGAGAUCUGCUUGUAAUUAUCAGCUCGGAAGACACAAAGCUUCAGUUGCAGAUGCCGAAAAAGCCAUUGCUUUGUCUUCCAAUACUUCAUUUAACGGAUUCUUGAGGAAGGGUAUGGCCUGCUUUGAGAUGGAGCAAUUCGAUAAAGCUUUAGAAGCUUUUGAAAAGGCCACCUCCCUCAAACCUGAGGAUUCAAAGGUCAAAACAUGGCUCCGAAAAGCCAAAGCCGAAGUGGAAAGUGCAAAGACCUCAAAUACAGUAUCAUCAACAACAACAGCUACUGGUACAACAUCAUCUGCUUCCUCUCCAUCCAACACUCUUGCAGUGACUCCUCACAAGAAUAAGAUUAAAUGGAAUUUUUUCCAAAUGGGAGAGUAUGCAGUUGUAAGCGUAUUGGGAUUACAGCCUGUCAGCAAAGAAAAUAGACAUAUCGAAAUUCAACCAAGCAAAUUGAUUCUCUCUUUUAACUUACCUCCUCAAGAAGGAGUACCAUCUACUCUAAAUGAAGAAGAUUUAACAAAAUGGGAGAGAACAUUUUCACUUUUUGAUGAUGUUAUUCCUUCAGAAUCAUCUAUGAUUCAUUUACCAUCCAAGGUAGAAAUUAAAUUGAAGAAAACACAUGCAUCUAUUGAUUGGCCAUCAUUGGAGCCAGUUGAAAACGCAAACAAAUUCGACCCUCAAUUCCAGUCGUCCAGCGUCUUUGUGUCACAAGUAGAUCCAAAGAAAUAUCCAACUUCAAAGAAAACAGAUUUUGACACUCUGGAUAAAAUUGGUAAAAAAGAAGAGGAAGAGGAAAAGCCUGAAGGUGAUGCUGCUUUACAAAAACUUUUCCAACAAAUAUAUUCUCAGGGAGACGAAGAAACCAGAAGAGCCAUGAUGAAGAGCUUCCAAGAGAGUGGAGGUACUGUUUUAUCCACCAAUUGGAAGGAAGUGGGAUCAAAGAAGGUUAAAGGAGAAGCACCACAAGGCAUGGAAAUGAAGUAUUGGAAUGAAGAAAAAUAA